AUGGGUCUGUCUAGCGAGGAAAAAAAACGUCUAUAUAAAUCAUUUCAACAACAGCGCCAAAGUCAAAAAUUGGCUGAAGUCAGUGAGGCAAAAAGUCUUUUCGCAGAUUUAACGGAUCUUGAGUAUGAAACUGGUUAUAGAGGAGAAUGUAUUUAUUUUAAAUAUUUACUUCCAUCUAAUGGACAGAGUACACUUACUUCAGAAGAUGAUUCGGAAGAUGACUCGGAAGAUGAUUUGGAAGAUGAUGCAAAGAAUAUCGCACUCUUGGAUGUAUAUUAUCCAGAAGAGAUUAAUUCUCGAUAUAUAAUUCGGGUUGUAGGAAAAGGAUUUACAGUAAUAGAUCAUCCUUCUGAAAUUUAUAAAAUACCGGAUGCACAUGAAUGUAUUAACGGGAACAAGCCCCUUCGUCCUAUAUUAGAUAUUGAUGCAAGACAAAAACCGGAUCCUGCAAAUCCGAAACUUCCUUCUUUAGAUGGCGAAAAAAUUACUCGUGAUGAUUUGAUGUCUCGAAUUUUAAUUGCCUGUGCAGAUGCAUUAAAUCUUAUACCAGAAUGCAUACCGAUCUUAAAGUCUUUUUCUCUAGCUAGUUCAUCAAAUAUUGAUAAAUGUAGUUGGCAUAUUAUUUACCCUUAUGGGCGAUUUAUUGACUAUAGAGAUCUCAAAGGCUUUACGGAAAAAGUCAUUGAAUUG